CGGUCCAAUCAGUGGCAGCCUUUGUCUCAGUCUCCGCCCCGCGGAGAAACCGCCAUUACAAAAUCAAAAACACAGAGCUGACAGGUGAUCGCGGCUCGCGCGCAGCCUCGGAGGCAGGAUCAGUUGACACUGGAAGAGUCGGCAGCAGUUCAGACAUGAGUAACGUGACUGAGGAGGCGAUGGACAGCUCUGCAGUGUCCGAGGAGGAGGAGGUGGAGGACCAGCAUGAGCUGUCGCAGGAGGAGCAGACAAGUCCGAACAAAAGCGACUCCAAAACAUCAGCUGUUGGAGAAAUCCUCGAAGGGAAACGGGCAAAGAAGACAGUGGAGAGGCUCGACUUCCAGGCGCCAAAACAAAGAGAGAAGCUCAAGAUUGGAGACGGCAGUGGAGAUAAGUUAGGAGACAUUCCUCGCACGAGCUACCAGAUCACCAAGAUGAAGCCGGCUGACCUGAAACCUCUGCACGCCAUCCUCUUCGACAGACCCGGAAAGAUGGCAACAAUAAAGAAGAAUCUGCGGCUGUUUAACGGCUUCCCCUUUGACGCAGACAGCGAACAGUUCACCAAAAAACGGGAAAAACUUCUCAAGAACUCAAACUUCACAAACUCCAAGCUGAAGGUGGUCUGUGGUGUCCUGGAUCUGGAGAAGAAAGGAACCCACUCAGACCUGGUGGACAGGAUUCUGACUUUCCUCAUCGCGCCGAAGAACAGCGGCAAGCGGCUGCCCGUGAAGAAGAAGAGGAAAUCAAAGAAGAAAUUGUCGGGUGACGACUCGUCAAUCAAGACGAAGAAGAAGAGCAAACCUAAAGCCACAAGCUCAUCGUCCAGUCCCAAGAAGUCCAAAACAGGAAGUAAGUCCAAAGCCAUCGUCAUGGACUCGAGCAGCGACGAGGAUGACGAUGAGGAAGACGAGAAGGCGGGAGCUUCAGCGGAGGCAGAGGGAUCGGACGCGGAAGAGAAACCAUCAGAGAAGGAGGACGAAGAGGAGGAGCAGUCCGACAAGUCAGAGGAGUCUGCAGAUGAGGAUGAGGAGGAUGACGAGUCCUCCAGGUCGAAGUCCAGCAGAGGGAAAGCUGCGGCCAAGAAACCGGCUCCCGGGAAACGACCGAGGACACUGGCAAAGAAGACUGGUCCUCCCAAAAAGAGGACGAAGAAGGAAGUUUCCGACGAGUCGGAGUCGGACGCAGACAGCGACUUUGAUGAGAAGCCCAGAAAGAAGAAACCAGCUGCAGCCAAACCAGCGGCCAAGACGAAGAAGGCGGACAGCAGCAGCAACAGCAAAAACAACACCAACACAGCGGAGGACAGUUCGGACGAGGACGAGCCGCUCAUCAAGAUGGUGAAGAAGGGGCCGAGUGACGAGCAGCUGAAGGAGACGGUGCAGAGUCUCCUGAAGGAGGCCAACCUGGAGGAGAUGACCAUGAAGCAGAUCUGCCAGAGGGUGUUUGACACCUACCCAGAGCACGACCUGAGCAGCAAGAAGGACUUCAUCAAACAGAUCGUGAAAUCUCUCAUCACAUGAAGACAUGUAGGAGACCUCGACCUCAGUGAGCAGCUCCUCCUCCAUCAUGUCUGCUUUCUCUUUUAUAAACGACAGUUUUUUAUUCCUGUGUGUAGAUUUAACAUGAACUCAUCACUGUUUUAUCUUUAAUGCGUACAGUCGAGUCCGAAGCAAACAAACUGUUUCGUGAAAGCAGAAAGUAAAAAUAGAAAUUGAUCAGGUCAGAAUGAAGAGCAGGAGUUCACGUUGGUAAAAUGAUUGUUUGCUUUGGACUCUGAGGAUUUCACCUUUUUAUUUCUGGGUUCAGAUCUGCUUGUUUCUGAUAGUUGAAGCUUUUCUGAAGGUUUCUUGUUUCUUUGGUUGUUUUGUUCUGUUAUUUCCAUUUUGAAAUCUUCUGCUGAGAUGUGCUGAGAAACUUUCUGAUUAAAAUU